UAUCGUCAAAUCGAAAUCCCACCCCCACAUUGAAUUGAAAUUCGUUAACCGCGCGGAAUUGACUUGCAAGGAUAGGAGCAGACGUAGAAUGGCGGCUGGUGAUGAGAAACAUUCUGGAAAAUGGCGUUAUACUUGGGAAGCACAGUCCCACGUCCCUACUCUUCGUCUCUUGCUUUUCGCUAAAAACGCUAAUCCUUCUUUGCAAUGCCUCAAUCUAAAAGUUCUACUUCUUCCUUCUCAGUCUCUGGUGGCUGUGAGCUGGCUUGAGCCCACCCUAGUCUCGCUCAGGGUUCCGAUUCCUAGGGUUUUGGUCGACUUUGAAUCACCUCCCAGUUCUCGAGCUUUGGACGAUCACAUUGAAGUGAAGCUCCUACUCGUUCUGCCGGUCGAUCAUCCCAUUGUCUCUAGCUUCGAUUCUGUGAUGAAUCUGUCUGAUGACCCAGUAAAUGUAUUACCUGACGUAUCAAAGCCUCUAAUAAUGGAAUCUGAUGUAAAAAAUUUAUCUUCCAGAGCAUCAGUUCAUUUUUAUUGCAGAAGUUGCUCCUUCAAAUUGACUAGAAAUCCUCUCAGGAGUUUGGUUGAAAUGCCAUCAGUCAAUUGGCGAGAGGUGGCUGACAACUGGUUUGGGGCUUGUUGUUGUUCAUUUGGAGGCAUAAGUGAGAAGCUGGUGAUCAAAUAUGCAAAUUCUUAUACUUGCGCACCAGGGGUAUGCCUAUUAAGCUCUACAUCUAUUACUAUUUGCAAGGAUGAUCUUAUUGAGUAUAACUUCCUUGAAAGUGGUGGAGAAGAAGAGUGUAAUCCUAAAUCUGAUAAUUUUGAAGAAGGAAUUAACAAAGCUUCUAUAAAAUCUGAGAUGUCUAUGGAAAGGUCUUCAACUUGCAGUGAGAUUGGUAAAACCAUAUAUAAUUCUGACGGAAGUUCAAGGUUUGCAGAUUCUGAGAAUGAAAACCUUCAUAUGAACUUGGGACUUGAAGCUGGUAAAGUAAUAUCUAAUCAUGAUGACUUCUCUCGUUCGUACCCAGAUUCAAAUGUCCCUGCAGAUGUGGCUAUGGCUCCUAGUCGUUCUGCUCUGAUGGCAAGCAGCGUUCCCCAUCUUGAGAAUGAGGAUUGGAAACAUCAAUGCUGUGAAAAUGCUAGAAAAGAACAUAGAGAUACAGCAGCCAUGGAAAUUCUUGCAAGUCAGAAGUCAUUCCUCAAUGGGUUUCUUGAAGAUGUUUUCAUGGCUAGAUCAUCCAAUCUUGUGAGAAGGGUAUGCCUAUUAAGCUCUACAUCUAUUACUAUUUGCAAGGAUGAUCUUAUUGAGUAUAACUUCCUUGAAAGUGGUGGAGAAGAAGAGUGUAAUCCUAAAUCUGAUAAUUUUGAAGAAGGAAUUAACAAAGCUUCUCUAAAAUCUGAGAUGUCUAUGGAAAGGUCUUCAACUUGCAGUGAGAUUGGUAAAACCAUAUAUAAUUCUGACGGAAGUUCAAGGUUUGCAGAUUCUGAGAAUGAAAACCUUCAUAUGAACUUGGGACUUGAAGCUGGUAAAGUAAUAUCUAAUCAUGAUGACUUCUCUCGUUCGUACCCAGAUUCAAAUGUCCCUGCAGAUGUGGCUAUGGCUCCUAGUCGUUCUGCUCUGAUGGCAAGCAGCGUUCCCCAUCUUGAGAAUGAGGAUUGGAAACAUCAAUGCUGUGAAAAUGCUAGAAAAGAACAUAGAGAUACAGCAGCCAUGGAAAUUCUUGCAAGUCAGAAGUCAUUCCUCAAUGGGUUUCUUGAAGAUGUUUUCAUGGCUAGAUCAUCCAAUCUUUCAGAAGAUAUUGAUUGGUGUGAAUUCAUGUGCCCUCAGUGCAAGUCUGUUCUUGGAGCCUAUCCAAGUUGUAAGGGCGAUGCACCUGUAGAUGGAGGAGUACGAUUGUUCAAAUGUAAUAUUUCUACUUGUUUGCCAACUAGAGGAUCUGGAGACUUGUUCAGGCAAUAUACAAUGGGAAAAAUGUUUGCAAAUAAGCUAAUAGAGUGUGCAAAUGAUGAAUCGUCAUUUCGGUUUGUGGUCAUGGAUCUGAAAGCAAAAUCGCCUACCCUGCAAAUCAUAUCGCUUUGCACCGUGAAUUUUAGUAUCAGUUUCCGUCAGGCUUGGGGGUUUCAAUCUGAGUUGCAUGUGUUAAUUGAAGUGAGGAUCCACAGAGAACAGAUUUGCCCGUGGCUUUGCGCCGCAGGAGCACCAGCUCUCCUCUUAUAUAGAUUGUAUCCCAUGCCUAUCAAGCAUAUUGUUAGAGGGUCAUUAUUCUCUUUUUAA